ACAACAAAUGGGGAAGAUACACGUAAGCAUAUUGAUAGUCUGCUAUUGAUAUGAUGCGGUCCCCAUGGUUACAGCAGAACUGCAGAAGUCUCAACGAAACGUCACGUACCAUAGGCUACGUGGUUUAGCCCUUAGUUUCUUCAGUGAAUGGGUGAAAAUGGCCAACAUUUGGAUUUUACUUUUAAGUUUGUGCCUCUCUCCAGUUUGGUGUCAGUUUGGUUUUUUACCAUCCAAGGUACCAGCUUCACCUGCUAUUGCUGAUAGGUGUUUUUGCGAGUUAAAGGGCAAUGUUGAUGAGUGUGAGUGCAGUGUGGAUUUUGUUGAUAAAUUCAAUAACUACAGGAUAUACCCUAGGUUGAAGAGUUUACUGCCUAAGAAUUACUUUCGCUUCUUCACAGUAAACCUUAAAAAACCCUGUCCAUUCUGGCCAGAUGAUGGAGGAUGUGCAUCAACUGCCUGUGCCGUUGAAUCCUGUACAGAGGCAAACAUACCCAGAGAAAUCUUUCAAACUAAACAGAAUAAAAGCAAUUUGUUUGGACCUGAAAACAAUCCAAAGUUAUUAACUGAAGCACAAAGUGCAGGCACAUGUAGUGAAGGUAGUGAUGAAGAGCUUGGAUACCUUAAUACUACACUCACCAAACAGAUGUCCGCUGACCUUGCUCUGUGGAAGCUGCACGACGAUACACAACACUCAUUUUGUGAUGUUGACGAUGACAAUAGUAACGACAGCGUUUUCGUUGAUCUGCUCUUAAAUCCAGAGAGAUAUACUGGAUAUAAAGGGCCAUCUGUUCAGCGUAUUUGGAGAACUAUUUAUGAAGAAAAUUGCUUCAAGCCAAAGCGUGGGUACGGUCCGUACAUAGAUUCAACAAAUGUAGGAGAUUUGUGCUUGGAAAAACGAGCGUUUUAUCGUGCCAUUUCAGGGUUGCACGCGAGUAUCAAUAUCCACCUCUGUGCUCAAUAUCUCCACAGUCAUGCUGUUCCUGGAAUGCAACAUUGGGGAAUGAAUCUUCAAGAAUUUCAAGUUCGCUUUGAUCCUGAAACAACUAACGGCGAGGGCCCAAAAUGGUUGCGCAAUCUCUAUUUUCUUUACCUUCUUGAACUAAGAGCCAUUGCAAAAGCCGCUCCCUAUUUGGAACAGCUCCCAUUUUACACCGGAAACGAUACUGACGAUGCAGAGGUUAAUGCCGCUGUCCAUGAUCUUCUAAAUCAAAUCAAAUCUUUUCAGCCUCAUUUCAACGAAUCAUCUAUGUUUACGGGAGGCAGUAAGCAAGCCCAAAAGUUGAAAGAAGAAUUUCGUCAUCAUUUCCGUAACAUCACACGCAUUAUGGAUUGCGUUGGAUGUGAAAAAUGCAAAGUUUGGGGAAAGCUGCAAACUCAAGGACUCGGAACGGCACUUAAGAUUCUUUUUUCGGGUUCAUUUGACAAAGCUAAUCCAACCGCUUUCGACCUCAAAUCGAUGAAAAGGUCCCGAUUCCAGUUAACUCGUAACGAGAUAGUUGCACUAUUUAAUGCCUUUGGAAGGUUGUCAACUAGCAUAUACAAUUUGGAAAUGUUUAGACAAGCUGCCGAAAAUUUACAACAAGUACGCUAAUAAUCUGUACUUCCAUCACUGUCUUUGGGAUACUUGAAAUUCUUUCACAGGGUUGGCUUUGUCAUUGAUCUCUUUAAAAAAAUUUCUUCAUAAUAUUUCCACUUAUUUUUCUCCACUCAACUAUAUUUAUUAAAUCUUCAUGAAACGAAGAUUGGUACAUAUACAUAUAUAUUUUCAUUGUAUUAAAUAGUUGAGAACCAACACAUUGUGAUGAUCCUAAUUGAUGAUUGGUUUUAAAUGUGUAGGCUAUACUGUUUUUUUUCUGUCGAAAAUAUUGGAUUAAUAAUUAUAUGGUGUGACAUUUUAA